AUAUGGACGUUGGUAGUUGGUUACCUGCUGAUGGUUUCAUUCAAGUGGAAUAUAAGCACUGAACGUUACUUGAAAGCAAUCUCUGUCCCUGUCUGGAUUAUGCUGCUCUUUCACUUAGCUUCUGUGGCAGGUUCCUGGAAAAUUCCUGUGUUUCUGGUUAUAGUUGUUCUGAUGACUGUAGGCAUGUUGCAUGAACAGCAGAAUGGAAAGAAGUCUUCUGGGGCAGAGCUUCCUGGUCAGAUGAUUUCCAUUGCUGCUUCAACAAUUGCCAUGGCAAUUUCAAUGACAGAAGAUGAGUCUAAUAAUGAACAUUCCUCACAACCCUCAGGAGCAACAGAAGGUGAUCAGCCUCCACAUGCUUCAUCAUCUUUCUCCUCCUCUUCAUCCUCUUCUGGGAGCAGACAAAGACCUGAGAUGGGAUCUUUUCUUAGAAAAAAGAAAACUAGUGAUAUAUACUUUGUUACACUUGUGUGGGCCUUUGUCAUCGUCCAGAUCUGGCUAAAUUUCUGGAUUGUGCAGCUAUUGCCAGUGCCUUUUGCAGUUUGGGCACUUAAAAAACUCGUGGUUCAUUUUGGAGUUUUGACCUUCAUGGCAAACCAUUGCAAAAGUUGGUGGCAACUUGUUGAAAAUUUUGUGAAGGAACGUCAGGAAGCUCUUGCUCCACGGCCCGUCAGAGGGCUCGGAAGAGUCAUGCUAAAGCUUGACAGUAAGCUGUGGCACUGGCUUAAUAAGAAGAUAAUUGUGUGGUUGGAGAAAAUGCUAGAUAAAAUAAUCAGCAUUUUCAUAAUAUUUUUGCUGGUGAUAGGAACCCUCCUGCUAGCCCUGCUCCUUACUGCAAAGGUACAUCAAGAGAGUGUUCACAUGAUUCAAGUCACAAGCAGCUUGAUCAAUGAGACAGUAGCCAGUCAUCCAGAAUGGGCAAACUGGCUCCCAGAAGCCCAGGUUAUUCAGAAGGCACUCAAUUCAGCAGCUAAUAAUGUAUAUCAAUAUGGCCGAGAAUGGAUUACACAUAAGCUCCAUAAGAUUUUAGGAGAAAAAGUGAAUAACACCGCUGUGAUUGAAAAACAAGUGCUAGAGCUCUGGGACAGGCUUUAUCACUCUUGGUUUGUGAAGAAUGUAACACAUUCUGGAAGACACAAAGGACACAAAUGGCACAUAAACCGUCAAAACAGCUGGCUUGGUGAUAUUCUGGACUGGCAAGAUGUUGCAUCAUUUGUUCAUGAUAACAUUGAAACAUUUCUUUCG